UCCCCCCCACCCCCCACCUCCUCCGCCUCUCAGGACUCAGCAUCAUCAUCAUCAUCAUCAUCAUCAUCACCGCCACCACGCAGAGUUCACCCAUGUAAAGUCCGGCUCAGUCUCAAGCACGAGCGCCCACCUGGAUACGCGAGGGAGCGUCCGGUCCACCGAAGGCAAGGCAAGACGAGUCGAGUGUCGACUUGACAAGUGAAAGAUGAUGAUGGUCCAGCAGCGCCUGCUCUUCAUCCUCUCCAGCCUGUGCGCGUGCAUCUUUGGAGUGGAAGGGACAAAAAGCAAACCUAAAGGCGGCCAAGGUCAGUUCCCCAUCACUCAGAACGUGACGGCGCUGGAGGGCGCGGCCGCCAACAUGACCUGCAGGGUGGAUUUCAAUGACAACACCUCCCUCCAGUGGUCCAACCCCGCACAGCAGACCCUCUUCUUUGGGGACAAGAAAGCUCUGCGGGACAACCGGAUUGAGCUGGUGCGAGCAUCGUGGCAGGAGCUCACCAUCAGGAUCAGCGACGUGAGCCUGGCGGACGAGGGCCAGUACACGUGCUCACUCUUCACCAUGCCCGUCAAGACCACCAAGGCCUUCCUCACCGUCUUAGGAGUACCGGAGCGGCCAGAGAUCACGGGUUUCACUAGUCCCGCCUUGGAGGGCGAAGUCAUCACUCUGACCUGCACCACGACGGGCAGCAAGCCGGCCGCCAACAUCCGGUGGUUCAGGAAUGACAAGGAGGUCCAAGGCUCCAUGGAGGUGAUGUCCACGGGCAAGUCCUUCCUGGUGAGGAGCAGCUUGUACUUCCAGGUGGACAGAGGAGAUGAUGGCGUGGCCUACACUUGCAUGGUGGAACAUGUGUCUCUGUCCAACCCCUACAUGACCACUGAAGUCCUGCAGGUCCACUACGCUCCUCAUGUGGAGAUCAGACAUUCUAUGAGCAUCCCACAGGAGGGACAGUACUUCAAACUGGAGUGCUUCUCCAGAGGAAACCCCAUACCAGAACCGGUGCUGUGGUCCAAAGACGGAGGUGAGCUGCCCGACAUGGAGCGCAUGAUUGUGGAGGGGAGAGAGCUCACCAUCACCACGCUGAACAAAACGGACAACGGCACGUACCGCUGCGAGGCCAGCAACCACCUGGGGACCAGCAGCGCUGAAUAUGUACUCUUUGUCUACGACGUCUCUGUCUUGUGUCUGCUGUCAGAUCCAAACGCCAUCGGACAGCACGGCCCCGACCACGCGCUAAUCGGCGGCGUUGUAGCGGUGGUGGUCUUCAUCACGCUGUGUUUGAUCAUCGUUCUGGGGCGCUACCUCGCCAGACAUAAAGGGACGUAUCUAACGCACGAGGCCAAAGGGGCGGAGGACGCGCCCGACGCCGACACCGCUAUCAUCAACGCGGAAGGCAACCACGUGCACGCAGAGGAAAAGAAGGAAUAUUUCAUUUAGCCUUUUUUUUGGCAACAGACAUGCAAUUUGAAGCUGCCUCAAUGUGACCACACGAUCGCCCACUUCCUGCUUCAUUUCAUUGCAAUUCGCGGACGAUAUCUUGGGAGUUGUUUUAGCAAGCAGGAAUGUUCAAUGGAGGCUUUUUUUUUUGGAUGUGUACCCCGCCGCAACACUGCAUAGCGAGAUCCCAAAGUCCACCCGAAAAAAGAAAAAAAGCACAAUCUUUCGGUUGUUUGUUGAUCGAAGCGGCUUUCUCUCGGCGCCAUUCCUUUUCCCGCUCCGACUUUUUACAGAAGAAGACGCUACCGAGUUAAAAGCACAAAUUGCGAGGGCUGGCGGAGGAAGCGGAACGCCGAGACCCGGUUCUCGUCUCAGGAUUUGAGUCCAGACGAAAGAAGAGCAGCGUCGCCUCACAGUUCAUCCUGUGGUUUAAUGUGAAGCGAGUGGAAAGCUUGCGGGCGUUCCUGGGAAAAAAAAACUAUGCUGAGUGUGUCAAUAUCGCUGUUAUAUACUUUGCUUACGUAAAUAUUGGUGAAGAAUAUUGUUAAGUCUUGGAUCCCUGGCGCAUUUCUACAUUGGAGCGUCCGUCCAAUGAAAAGCACGUGUCAUCCAUAUUGCUUUUUGUCCGUAAAUAAGAAUUUUCGGGGAAAAAAAUGGAGACAAAUGCUUUACAUUGGACAGCGAUGAUGUACAGUAUUUCAAGUGUUCCAUCAGCCUUUUUUUCUUUUUCUUUUUUUAACGAGGGGCUGUUUCGACGCAACCCAUGUAAAUAACAUGUAAAUAUUGGAAUUUUGGUCAAGAAAAAUCAGUAGUUCUAAUUUAAUUUUCAUAUCAUUCGCCAUGUUUGCUUUUUUCUAUGAAGGAGUAGCACGUCCACACUGAAAAGAACACUUGAAAAAUGUAUAAAAAUGAAGUCAUAAAAAAAAAAAAUCAUGAGAAAAGUGUUUUUAAUAUUAAAAUCAUAUUAAAUUUAAAAUAAUCAUAAUUUUACUAGAACGAAGUUGUAAUAUGACAAAUAAACUGUCAUAAAUGUGUCAUAUUGAAAGAAAUUGCACUGUAAUUUUAUCAAAAUAAAGUCAUAAUAUUACAAGAAAUUAAUCAAAAUAUAUCAAAAAGGAAAGAAAGAAGGAAAAAUCGAAAAAUGUCAUAAUUUUAUGACAAUACAGUUGAAGUAUAAGAAAUCAUGAGGUCAUUUUAUGAGCAUAAAGUUGUAAUAUUACAAGAAUUAAUGUAAUAAAAGAAUAAAGUCUUAAUACUUCAAUUAAAAACUGUAGAAUACCAAAAUAUUUUUUUAAAUAGAUAAAAAUCAUAAUUGUACAAAAACAAAUAAAUUCUCAUAAAUUUGUCAUAUUCCAAGAAAUUGCGUUGUAAUUUUUUUGACAGUGAAGUCAUAAUAUUACAAUAAAACAUUUAGAAUAUCAAAAUAUUUUCUUAAAAUACAUAAAAAUCAUCAUUUUACAAGAACAAAGUUGUAACAUUACAAAUUAAUUCUCAUAAAUUGGUCAUAUUGCAGGACAUUGCGUUGUCAUUUUAUGAGAAUAAAGUCAGAAUAUUACAAGAAAUGAAUGAAAAUGUUGUGAGAAAAAUAUGAGAAUGUCGUAACUUGAAUGUAAACGAGCAUGAAAUUUUAUGAGCAUAAAAGAAAGAAUUAGUGUCAUGUAAGAAUGACGUGAUACUACAAGAAUUACUGUAAUAACAGGAAAAAAGUCUUAAUAUUACAAGAAAUCAAAGUUUUACUCAAUAAAAAUGUUACAAUAUAAGAAUAAUGUUGGAAUUUUAUGUCAAGACAGUAAUUUGAAAUAUUACAGAAAAUACUAGUACUGUCCUUUUUCUAAGAAGACAGUCAUGAUAUAAGAAAUAAUGAUGUCAUUUCAUGAGGAUAAAGUCAUUAUUACAAGAAUUCAUGUAGUAAUAUUAGAAUGAAGUCGUAAUAUUGUAAGAAUUCAUGUAAUAAUAUCAGAAUGAAGUCGUAAUAUGACAAGAAUUAACGUAAUAACGAGAGAAAAAGUCUUAAUGUUACCUCAGGAGAGCCGAAAUGAAUACAUGAAUUGCUGUAACAUCAACGUGAUGUACAAAAACUAAUAACAAAGACAUUAUUUAUUAUUUGCAAAUAUAGCUUGUGGGAAUUGUUCACUUGUUAAUAUAAAAAUUCUGCCUUUUUUCAUGAAAAAUGCCUUUUUUUCUUCUUAAUAUUGCUGCUUAAUUGUUGUUGUUCACAAACCGUUUCUUGUCAUUUUUAAUCUUUUGUUCUUUUCCGUGUGGCUCCAAUGACUCCUUCAAGCUGGGAUUCGAAUGUGGGGGGGGGGAGAGAAACUGUAUGUAUUUAUGACCAUGAUUGACACUUCCUAUAUAAUCCAAAAUAUUGUAGCUGUUCUUAUGAGUACGCUGGUGGUUUUACGUUCUUAUUUCCCUUGUCUUGAUCAUGAAAGUGGACACAAGGAUCACCGUUAUGGCCUUUGAGUUUGCUGCAAACGUUGGUGAAUCAAACCCGCCGUCACUGUAUCAAAGUCACAUGACGCACCAACGCUUCUUUUCACGCCAUCAAGAACUCGUUUUGUAAGAAAGAAAAAAAAAUAAGAAAAAAAUGUUUUUCAAAUUGCUGUAAGUAAUUAGCUUUUUAUGGGUGGGGGGGGGCGGGGGGUGUGUGCGUAUGGAUAUGGGUGUGAGUGUCAUUUUUUUCUUCCUAGCUUAAUAUUAAAUAUUGAGUUUUCAACUAUGCCACUGUAAAGCAGAGACGCGCAGAAAAGAAGCAGAAGAUUAAAAUAUGAAUUUAAAGUGUCAACUUGUUAUUGUCCUUUUUUCAGGUUUUGUAUUGUUCUUUUUCUUAUUUUUUUCUUUUAUUCUUUUUCUUCUAUUUUAUUGUUCUUCUUUUUAUGUGACUUUUAUGGUUGAACACAAGAACCCUAUUGAUUUUGUUCUGCGUCAGACACAGUGUCGCCUGGCCACGCAUGGGCAGCAAGAACCCUGAUAAUGUUGGACUGUACCGGAUCUGAGACAGGUCAGGUCAAAGGUCACUUGCUUCCAGUAUAGUCACACGUCUCAACGAGCAGACUGUGUCACACGCUAGUUCUCUUGGGAAAAGCAAGAACCAUAUUGCUUUUGCUGAGGUCUACCAUUUAAAAACUCCCAAUGUACUUUCAAGUCUGAGCUGCCAGAUGAAAAGGAGCAUCAGUGUGGAUGCAUCAUCGUGCUACCGUGCUAUCAUGCUACCGUGCUGUUAUGCUACCAUGCUGCCAUACUACAGUGCUACUGUGCUAUCAUGUUGACAUGCUGUCAUGCUACUGUGCUAUCACGCUAUCAUGCUAUCAUGCUACUGCACUAUCAUGCUACUGUGCUAUCAUACUACUGUGCUAUCAUGCUACCACGCUGCCAUACUACCGUAGCACUGUGCUUUCA